GCGACCCACGUACCGAGCCGAACACGAGCCGACUCGCACAUGUGCCAGCCCUGCCGUGGAGUUGUCGAGCUCGUCGUGAAAGGGAAACUCUCUCUACAGCUCACAAAGCUUUCCCCUAAUUCACCUUCCCACCAUUCCCCCCUCUCCAUCGUCUCCUUCCCUUUCGAUCACCACCGGCGUUCACGAGUCACGACCCCCUCCUGCCCCCCCUCCGAAGCUUCGAGAAGAGUCGCGAGAGAAGGGGUAGAGAGAGGGCGAGGUGGUGACCGUGAUCCUGUGAGAUCUCCGCCCUCGGAUCGGAUUGGAUCGGAGAGAGAGAGAGAGAGAGAGGGAGGGAGAGAGAACUAUGCAGAGCCGAGGAUCCGGUCACCGCGCACCGGGUCAGCUCCUCCGCUCCCGGAUCUCCACCGUGAUGCUCGCCAUGUUCGCGACCAUGGCCUCCUUCUACGUCGCCGGCCGGAUGCGCAAAAUAGGGUUUAUCUUAUAAAAGAACUCGAUCGAAGAACAGGGCAGGGACAAUCCGCUAUAUCGGUUGAUGAUACUCUAAAGGUUGUGGCUUGCAGGCACCAACACAAGAAAUUAGUAGCACUUGAGAUGGAGCUUGCCGCGGCAAAGCAUGAAGGGUUUGUUGGAAAGUAUUCGUCCGAGCCUAAUGGGACUCGAACUGAAAAGAGGCUGUUGGCUGUUAUAGGAAUCAUGACUGGUUUUGGGCGAAAGAGCUAUAGGGAUGCAAUUAGAAAGUCAUGGCUUCCGUCAGGUGCAACACUAAAAAAACUGGAAGAGGAAAAGGGCAUUCUAGUGCGUUUCAUCAUAGGAAGAAGUGCAAAUCGAGGAGACAGUUUUGACAGGGAAAUUGAUGAGGAAAAUAAGUAUACCAAGGACUUUAUUAUCCUUGAUAACCAUAUUGAAGCAUCAGAAGAACAUCCAAAGAAGACGAAAAUCUUUUUUGCUCAUGCUGCAGAAACCAUCGAUGCAGAGUUCUAUGCGAAAGUAAAUGACGACCUUUAUGUAAAUACAGAUGCUUUGGGAGCAAUGCUCGCAACUCACUGGGACAAGCCUCGUGUUUAUAUUGGCUGCAUGAAAUCUGGGGAGGUUUUCUCUGAGUCGAGUCAAAAAUGGUAUGAACCAGACUGGUGGAAAUUUGGUGAUGGAAAAUCGUACUUCCGCCAUGCUUCUGGGGAAAUGUUAGUCAUAUCCAGAGCCCUAGCCCAGUUUAUUUCCAUAAACAGAUCUAUUCUUCGAACAUAUGCCCAUGAUGAUGUCAGCGUGGGAUCGUGGAUGAUCGGCCUUGACGUGAAGCAUGUUAAUGAAGGAAAACUAUGCUGCUCACCAUGGUCUUCAGGAGCCAUAUGCGCAGCUUUGUGAUGGCGCGGGUAAAACUUUUUUUAAUCAAGAUAUUUGGGGAACUCAGUUUGGGUGUUCUGAGCUCCAAACGUAUCCAAUUAUAUCCCAGUGCUUGAAGGAUAUCAUGCUCGGACACGCGACCAUAGCUGGGAUAUUUUUGCCGCAUUAUUCGGCUUCCUUGCGAAUGCUCAAGGUUAAUACUAUAGGGCAGUGAUCAAGGAAUUGUUUAUUCCUCAUUGUGUAGAAAACACCUGGUAACUUCAUCAUACAACACAUUUGGAGCUUUUUACUUAUUCUUGUAUUUACCAUUCAUUUUUUUCUUGAGGAACCAAUGUUACUCGGCGAACUUAAAACAGUACAGGUUGUAAAUUCUUUUGCUCGAUUUAUUGGAACUCGAGUUUAUGAAA